GACGACCCCCGCACGGAACAGCAACGACUUCUGUGCCUCAGACAGUCAGUUCUCCCACUGCCGUGUGAAUGGUAUCCCGAAGCAGCGCAUGUGUGACGGCUUCAGUGACUACUGCAGUAACGGAGAGGAUGAGUCUGUGCAGCUGUGUGGCACUGACGAGUGCCGGGAGAAGAAUGUCGGGUGUGAGCCCCUGUGCAUUAACACUCGAGAGUCAUACUACUGCCAGUGCCGGCCAGGAUACUGACUCGUCAGGAAGUUCAACUGUGAAGACGUUGACGAGUGCGUGGAGUCGGCCAGAUCAUCUCCAUGUCGGGUUCCUGAAGAUGCGUCGACGUGGUAUCAUCCACACAAGCUUCCCAACCCACCCAGCGUACCACAAGACAACAGGCACUGAGGUGGACAGGAGCGCGCGGCUGCAUGCACCAAUGAACAGGACGGUAUUAUAUUCCUCCCACAGGAGUAUGACUACAGCGAAGCAAGCCCAGAAUAAAGUGUUGAGUGACCAUGAUGAUUCAGUACUACUAACACCAAAGAAGUGAGGGAAGUGUUUGGAGUGAGCG